GACGACUCCCUGAUCAUGAUUGUGUCUUUUCUCUUUCUUCCUCAAUUCCCGGGGCUGCUGAAGGAGUAAGAGAGCCCUCCCAGAGAAAGUUUACAACCUACAAGUUGUACAGUGUGUGCUAGUAGUAAGUUUUAUUGCUUGGGAGAGCCCAUUGCUGGCUGCUGCCAGUGCUGGCAUUGCUGCCUGUACCAGCACUACAAGACAGAGACAUGAGUUUCGACGAACGAUCAGGAGUGGUAUUGUGUAGCACAGAAUGGGGUGCGUGGUAUCAGACGAUGGACUCUGUGUGCAUUCACGUGCAUCUACCAGGCGGCACAAGAGGCAAGGAUAUACGCUGUGAUAUAUCAGCAAACCGCAUUAAAGUUUUUGUGAAAGGAGAGGAGCGAUUCUCGGGUGAACUCUUCGCUCGUGUUGUCACUGAUGAUUGUGUUUGGACCGUUGAGGAUGGCUCAUUGCUACAAAUAAUGCUGUCGAAGUCAUCUCGACACCCCAGUGACUGCUGGAAGUCACUGCUCAAGCACCAGUAUCCAGCGGACUCGCUGACGUUUGAUGAAAUGGAGAAGAAGAUGACGUUGGAACGGUUUCAGAAUGAGAACCCUGGUCUAGACUUCAGCAAGGCCGCAAUCACUGGCAACUACCAUGGAGGUGGACCCAAGGCAGUAGGGAGCUGAGUUUCUGCUGCAAUUCGUCUCGGAUGUUGGCUUGUUUAGCACCUCCUCAACCGUGGAAAGCCUACAUGCUGGUACGGGGUUUUGGUGUAGAGAACUCUUCAAAUUCCGCGACUAGACUGCACAGAUUGCAACCCAUUCAAGCAGCUGCACUUCUAAGUAGAAGGGAAUCGUUAUGAAGAUUUCCAUUGACGCGUUUCCUCGAUGCGCCCCCGACCGCAGUUAUCAUCAAUACCAGGGGCAAACUGGCUUGUUGCCCUGGGUCUCUGCCACCUCUCUCUCUCCAAUCCAGACCUGUAUCAUAUUCUGACUGCCUACUGGACUAUGCCACUGUGAUCAUUAAUCACAGUCAAAUAUCGACCCGUCGACCCCUUACUGAGUCGAGGAGAGUUCAGAUCUCAUCAAGCCUUCUGCGAUGCUUUUGUUCGAUUUGGGCGAUACGCCUUUGUGUGAAUGUAGAACAAGCUAUCACAACGUGCCCGUCUUUUUAUCUUUCAGACUUUUAUACCUUUUUGAUGCGAUGCGAUUCUGAUGUUGGUAACUAUUUACUUGUGUCCCAUGUGUGCUGCCAAAAACCUAUGGGCAUGUAUAAUGUGUAUUGAAACCAUUU